UUUCGAAAUCAACACAACGAUUUGAAAUCCUCUAAGGAGUGUACAUACGCAGCGGUUUCCGCAUCGUGCACACGGGUGCAGUGAAUAAGUGAUUUUUUGAAAGAACUGUAACGUGACGUGUUAUUUUACAAGGACUCUUGGAGUUUCAAGGAUGCUCCGUUUAGUGUGCUUGGUUAUUGUCAGCACAGCGGCGGUGGGUUCACCAGUGAGCAGUGGCAAAUGGAUUCCUGAAAAGUACGGCGAAUCUGGCAGGUACAACAGACCACGAGAUGAGGGUAAAUACGUCCACAUACCAAACCCCUACAUACACAUCGACAACCCAUACGACGGUGGCUACGGGCCUUACGCACACCUAUAUGAGCCCUACGAGGGUGCAGAAUCCGUUGACCAGUACAGACUAGUGCUGCAGCCUGGCGAUGACAAUCCGUACUAUAAGGAAGGAUACUAUAGGAAUAACGGGAUUAAGAUCAUCAGCCAGAAGCAUAAUUACCAUGAGGAUAAAUACGAUUUUGAUUUCGAGACCGAGAACAAGAUCCGCGCUGAAGAGAAAGCCAUUCUGAAGAACCCGAACUCGAUCGACGAGGGCAUCGCGUCCGAAGGUUUCUACGAGUACAUAGGGCCCGACGGUUUCAUGUACCGCGUAGACUACACUGCCGACGAGAAGGGAUUCAGGCCCAAGGUGAAGAGGUUAGAGACCCCCUACUCUGGCAAGUGGAUUAGAGAAAAAGUCAACAACUACUAGAUCAAUCAAUUCAUACCAAAAACCAACUCACUCAUAAAUCAGUAUUGUAUAUAAGUAGGCAACAAUUAUUUCUUUAGUGCACGCCUGCUAUUUAUUUAAACUGCCAUUUCGUAGGUCACGAUCUGUUUCAUGAACUUGACAUUUACAUUUUGAUUUUGCCCAACAUUUUAGUUUCCUCUGAGAUCCACCGCAGUGGUAUUUUCAUAAUUAUCAAUCAUGUUCUUCCGUAGCGAGUUAAGUACCAGAUUGUAGUUAGUUAAAGUACAAAAGCUCCUUAAGUUCGGCGUUCCAUAUUAUCGAGUUAGACUAUUUUAUUUAUAUUUAGAUGUAGAUGCCUAGAAAUGUUAUAAUUGUGAUAAUAAAUUAUAAUACUUAAUGAAAAAUG